UUCUGUCUGUCUCUGUCUCCGUCUCUCUCUCUUUUUCUCUCUCUCUCUCUGAGACAGCGGUUGCUGUAUCCUUGUUCUGGGAAGUUGGUGGGAGCUGAGCAGAGUGUGAUGAGUUCCGCCCCCUUGCAAUGUCAGUCCCUGGAGGGUGUGGUUGAGCGUAGAGCUCUGCACACACACAGUGACUCUGCACAGUCGGAAUCAGUCACCUCUGCUGCCUGGACCUUCCUGCAGUGACUGCGAGCAGCGAGGGAGCGAGCAGGACUGCGUGCGCCCACCGAUGCGUCAGACUGCACGGCGCCUCUCCACGCCCUGGUUAGAUUCGAGCCCCUUGGACUUUCCCCGAGCCUGAGGUUCUGGCCGCCGGUAUUCCCGAGGUCUUGGAGCUGCCUGGAAGUGCUGGCCAUGCACGGGCGCUGGGGGUGGCUGCUGUGCGCGGCCCUCCUGCAGCUGCAGAGUGCUGGGGGCUCGCAGUUCAAGGCGGCCCGGCUGCACCGCUGGUCGACGGCCGGCCUGGGCUACCUGAAGAACAGCCUGUGCCAGAGGGUGUCCUUCCUGUCAGCCGCUGAGUGCCGGCGGCUGGCCGAGAUCCCGCAGACGGCGGUGGCUGUCUACGCGGCGGAGCCCAGGGCCGGGGAGAAGCUGUUGACCGUCCUGCCGGACUCUGGCCUGAGCCUGGGCUCCGGCCAUGAUGCUGUUCUCACCCUGGACCCCAGCCCCGAGCUCAGCUUCGGGCACCCCCUCACCGUCUACUUCAUUGACUUCAGCGUGAACGAGCGGCGCUGUGGAGCGCGUGAUGGGCUCUACUUAGGUAACCACGAGUGCAUGACGCUGGCCCUGAAGAGCCGCUGUGAGAACCUGCUGAAGAGGAGGACCAGUCGCACGGAGCGCCAGAACGCCAAGGAACGCGCAAGGAAGAGGCUGAAGGGGCAGGCAGCAGACAGCCGACUGAAGAGAGAAGAUGGCAGCGCUGGGGGUCGGUCCCGCAGGGAAGAGCGGCUGGUGGGGCUGUGUGAGAUCCACUUUGUGCCAUUGGUUGUGGGACAGAAGGAUCAAAGCAAAGAGCAGAGACUCCGCUGUGUAGAACAGAAGGGUUUUGCUGCUUGUCCCCGACCUCUGGUGAUCAGUAGCCCCAACCCUGCUACUGCCAACUGCGAGUUAAAUAACAACACAUGGCGAUGUCACCGGCAACAACUGCUAUCUCAGAAAUCCUGUCGCAUGUACCAGACCUGCGACCAUGGAGUGCUGCUGUCCGGAGGGUGGAAGGAACACCUCACGUACCAGAGGCACGUCAACAACGUGAUCCACUUCUACCGGAUGUUGCGUAGAAACGGCUUCCGACCAGAGAACAUCAAGACCUUCUUCGCAGGAGAUGGACAACUCCCCGUUGGUGAGGAGACGGAGGGCAUCUACCCGGCCACAGAGAAGGUGAUGAUCAGGAGCCACAUCUCCUACAUCUGUCGUGCUGUCAACUGCGCUGACUCUCUGGUUCUCUAUCUCAACAGCCCCACGAGGAAUGAUGGCACCAUGCUGCUCUGGGAUGUCAACAACAAUGGAAUUGCCGACCAGAAAGAGAAGUACACGGUGGGGGAACUGCUGAUGGACCUGGAGGGGUGCAAGGCACACAGAGUAUUCAUAUUCAUCGAUCAGAGUUACUCUGGGACACUGGCAAAGAAACUGUUGACGUCCAACAAACAUCCAAACGUGGUCCUGAUUGGCAACAGCAGGAGCUCAGAGUUCACCUGGGCUUCCAGUUUCACUGAGUUCUGGAUGGAGCUUCAACCGGAUCAAUGCCUCAUUGAUUACAUCUUGAAGAAUGUUGCCUGGGCUGCCCCUUCAAACCUUGGAAUAGUUGAGCCCACUCCUGGCCUCUUGAACAGCACUAUCUAUGGAGGACCUUGCUAUAACAACCCACCACUGACCCCAGAAGAGGUGAAGCGGGAGUACAUGGGCUGCCAAAACCUCCCGACUGCAGUGUGGUACCAGACAAUCCAGAAGAAAGAUCUCCCACAUUAACCGCUCCGUACUGUUUCAUGGCAAACUGUUCUUUUAGUGGGACAGGAAACUCUUCAGAGCACAGAUUUAAGCCCUUGAGCAAGAUUUUAAUUUCAUGAAUAUUUUAACGUUUCCUUCUGGGAAGCGAUUGUAUUAAAAGAUCACAUUUACUUUAAAUGCAAUGACCAGCAUGUACACAAUGAUGUCUACUCUGAUUUCUUGUCCGUCCCUGAGUUCCUUGACUGCAACCCUGGAUGCUCUGUCUUCAUUUCCAGAAUUCCUUUUCUAAACCUCUCCACAUCUUCCUCUUCGGAUUGCCUGUUGAAAACCCAGCUAUUGGACCAAGAUGUCACUGUUUGGCUUUGCGUCAAGUUGUCUCUCUAUGUCCCUGAGGCACACCUUGGGUAAAGGCAACUUGCUGUAUGAAUGCAAGUCAUUAGGCUGUGUAUAGCAUUACAAAAGAUAAAGUUUCCCUGAUGGUCCCAGGUCCCAGAGUUAGUGCCGAUGCAUGUGGUUCUGGCCCCAAUUCCUACCGAUCGCUGAAGCAGGAACGUUGCAUUUGCCUUUAGUGGUCUCUGGUGAUUAGUUCAGUCAGGAUCCUAACUGUUAAACAACAAGUUGUUGGAGAAGGCAGGUGGGUGUUAGGUGUUCAUUGUAAUGAGUCAUGCCAACACACGUCCCUUAGCUACCCCUACAUUGCAGCAAUAUUGUGGAUUGCAGAGGAGAAAACAAUAUUAACACUCUGCUCAGUUUAAUUUGAGGUGCAUUGUGCUUAUAUAAAGAACAUUUAUAUCACCUUUCAUUGUCUAAGGAUGCUCCAGAGGCUUUUUUGAGGUGUUUUCACUGAUGCAAAUUUUAGCUGAAUGACUCCAAAAGCAUCUCAGGACGAACUAAGUGUAGAAGAGGCUGGAUGACCAUAACUGUUUGACCUUCUCUCCUCCCCUCCUGGUGACAGAUCUCUUCACUGCUACCUAGCCAGAUCAAUCAGGGAAAGUAAUCACCCACUGCCUUUACCUUUCAAAGUUAAAAAAUAAUGGAUAAAUUAUCUUCAUUAGUCCAUCAACGAAUUAUGAAAGGGAAUGUUGUCCAGGAUUCUCAUUCCUGAUUUCUGGUCAACAUUUAUCCAUGAACUAAAAUCAGAAAAUGGAUACACUUCAUUGUUAUAUAUGGGAUCUUGCUAUGAACAACCUAACUAUCUCUUCAACAAUGACCACACACGGAAAGAAUUUUUCUGCCUGCAAAAUGCUUUGGGAAAUCUUGGGACUGUGGAAGGGGCUACAACUCACCAAACUGGCUCCAUUCAACUUCAAAAGCUCUAUUUAGAGAUCCCACACUCCCCACUAUUGAGUUGCUCUGGGAGGGAACACAAGGUGGAUGUUAAUGUUGUAACCUGAUUUCUGCUCCCUUUCCAAUACUGGGGUAGUCCACUACUCUGUUCAAACCUCCUCUGGAACACUGGGUUGAAGACUGGUCUCUCUAACAGAAUUUGGUAACACAGGGCUUACAGAGAGUGUACCUCACUGUUUGAGGAAUAACUUGGUAAUACAAUGGCCUCGAAAAAUGCCAGAUAUGGAAUAUUUUGGAGUGAAAUGAGAAAGGUGACAGGGUAGGGAGCAGAAGCCACAAUCGACCUUUCCCAACACACCAUAGGUGGUGGCUGCAGGCUCGAGGCAGAGGAGAAAUCGGUCUUUUUUUGCAGUGAUCAACAGCAAAUUUUGAUGAAAAGUCAAUCUAUUUGAAAUGUUAGCUCGUUGCUCCCCCUGCAUGGAUGAUGCCUGAGCUGCUGAGAAUUUGCAGUACUUUUGUUUCUAUCGCUGGAUAUUGUUGGUUUUGAAGGUGUUCGAGGCCACAACAUAAGAAUUGUAAUGGGGGGGGAAGAGAGGGCUGUUAUACAGCAAGGAUAAAAUAACAGAAGGAUUGUCUUCAACUUGCAUAAAUGUAUUUGCAUUUUAGCUACUCUGAAGUCUAUAAGCAAAUUUGCAAGUCUGAUAUACCCACAUGGAGCAGUCCGCUCUGAAACACCUCUGUAAAGUUCUCAUUGAAAAGCAUCAAAAGUUCACUCAGAGUGGCCAGCUGCAGAUGAAGACAGCCGCAGUGUGAGUUAGGACCUGUAAAUAACUGUAGGAACGUGCACCGCUCAGGUACCUGGAGAGGAAUCCCCUGUUCAUUAUGCAGUCUGGCUACCCUAUUUAUGCUAACUCUAGAUGUUAUUCAUUGGA